AUGAGCGGGACGCUGGACCUGGACAAGGGCUGUACUGUUGAGGAGCUGCUGCAGGGCUGCAUUGAGGCCUUUGACGAUGAGGGGAAGGUGCGGGACCCCCAGCUGGUGCGAAUGUUCCUGAUGAUGCAUCCCUGGUACAUCCCCUCCUCCCAGCUGGCCGCCAAGCUGCUGCACAUCUACCAAGAGUCUCGUAGCUCAGAAAGCAGUUCCCUGCAGGUGAAAACCUGCCACCUGGUGAGGUACUGGAUCUCAGCAUUCCCGGCGGAGUUUGAUUUGAACCCGGAGCUAGCAGAGCAGAUCAAGGAGCUAAAGGAGGUUCUGGGCCGCGAGGGGAACCGGCGUCACAGCAACCUCAUCGACAUUGAGAAUGUCCCUACCUACAAGUGGAAGCGCCAAGUGACCCAGCGCAACCCGGUGGCCCCGAAGAAACGCAAGAUGUCGCUGCUCUUUGACCACCUGGAGUCCUCCGAGCUGGCGGAGCAUCUCACCUACCUGGAGUACCGCUCCUUCUGCAAGAUCCUGUUCCAGGACUAUCACAGCUUCGUCAUGCACGGCUGCACUGUGGACAAUCCCAUCCUGGAGCGGUUCAUCACCCUUUUCAACAGCGUCUCACAAUGGGUGCAGCUCAUGGUGCUGAGCAAGCCGACCGCCCAGCAGCGGGCGCAGGUCAUCACCCGCUUCAUCCUGGUGGCGCAGAGACUCCUGCAGCUGCAGAAUUUCAACACGCUGAUGGCCGUGGUGGGGGGGCUGAGUCACAGCUCCAUCUCCCGCCUCAAAGAGACCCACAGCCACGUCAGCUCUGAGACCACCAAGCUGUGGGAGUCCAUGACGGAGCUGGUGACCUCGCUGGGGAACUACAGCCGCUACCGGCGCCGCCUGGCCGAGUGCGUCGGCUUCCGCUUCCCCAUCCUGGGUGUGCACCUCAAGGACCUGGUGGCCGUGCACGUGGCACUGCCUGACUGGCUGGACCGGGCCCACACCCGCGUCAAUGGCACCAAGAUGCAGCAGCUCUUCGGGAUCCUCAACGAGCUGGUGCUGGUGCAGAGCAUCAAACCGCCCUUUGAGGCCAACAUGGACCUCAUCAACCUGCUCACAGUGUCGCUGGAUCAGUACCAGACGGAGGAGGAGAUCUACCAGCUGUCGCUGCAGAGAGAACCCCGUGGCAAGUCGGCCGUGAGUGCGUGUCCGUCCAGCCCCACCUCCUGUUCCCCCCCAAGCCGACCGGCUGACAUAGACGAGUGGGCCUUGGCUGUGAAACCCAAACCGGACCAGACGCUGGUGCGGACACACAUUGAGAAGAUGGUAGAGUCCGUGUUCCGGAAUUUCGACGUGGAUGGAGACGGCCACAUCUCCCAGGAGGAGUUCAAAAUCAUCCGCAACAACUUCCCCUACCUCUGCAAAUUUGGGGACCUGGAUGAGAACCAGGAUGGCUGCAUCAGCCGGGAGGAGAUGAUCUCGUACUUCAUGAAGUCCAGCGCUGCGGUGGACGGGAAGAUGGGCUUCAUCCACAGCUUCCAGGAGACCACCUUCCUGCACCCUGUGUCCUGCCGUCACUGCAAGAGCCUGAUACUGGGAAUCUACAAACAGGGGUUAAAGUGCCGCUGCUGCGGCGUGAACUGCCACAGGCAGUGCCGGGAGCACCUCUCCCUGGAGUGUCGCAAACGGGCCAAGAGUUUCAGCCUGGCCAGCCCUGCCCACGUCCCUGCCCGCUCCUUCAGCUUCUCACUGCCCCGCCCGGCCUGCAGAUCCCCACGCCACACAGAGAUCCGCGAGGAGGAGGUCCAGGAUGUGGAGGACGGGGUUUUCGACGUCCAUUUAUAAAGACAAACACGGUCUGCUCUUCCUCACCAGCUGUGGCUCUUCCUCCCACUCCUCCCAAGCUGGGAUCUCCUGUCCCCCCAAAUCUGCCAGCUGACUUCCCGACUCCCCCACUGUGGGGUGACACAGAGACGAGGCAAAGGGGCGUCUGAGGAGAGGGU